AUGACAGACGCCACUACCGUCGGAGCAGCCAUUGAUCUGCCCAUCCUCGACAUCUCCAACCCGCUGGACCCUAACGCGGGGAAGGCGAUGCUGGAUGCAGCCACCAAGUACGGAUUCCUGUAUGUCGACAGCAAGGGGACGGAUUUCACCCCGGACGAUGUGAAGCGGGCGUUUGAGCUGUCGCAAACCUUUUUCCAGUCCCCUACCGAAGAGAAAGCUACCUGUCGCAUCGAACCCAACAACCGAGGCUGGUCCGGCAUGCACGUAGAGACCCUGGACCCUGAACACCAGCGGACGGGUGAUUUCAAAGAAGCCUUCAACUUCGGCGAAUUCAUCGACUCCAAAGCCCAACAGCCGCUUCCCCCCGCCUUGGCUCCGCACGAAUCCGAGAUUGCGCAUUUCGCCGACCUGUGCCAGAAGACCUGCGCUCGGGUUCUGACACUUCUAGCUCUGGGACUGGGAAUCCCCAAGGACUUCUUCACCACCCGCCACGAUCCCCACCAGGGCCCAACCGGCAGCAUCCUCCGCUACCUUUACUAUCCCUCCCUGACCUCCCCGGCAACCACCAGCUACGACCACACUGAGGACGUCCGCGCCGGCGCGCACUCCGAUUACGGUAGUAUCACCCUCCUCUUCCAGCGACCGGGCCAGCCGGGCCUCGAGAUCCGUACGCCGGAUGGAAGCUGGGCGCCCGUGCCUGUUGUGCCCCACGCGCCCCGCAACCAGGACGACGACGACAACGACGGGCGACAAGCCGAGGCAGAAGAUGGGUUCAUCUUCCCACCCAUCCUCAUCAACAUCGGUGACCUACUCAGCUACUGGACCGACGGGCUGUUGAAAUCCACCGUCCAUCGCGUGGUGUUCCCGCUGGCGGAGCAGCAACAGGAAUCCCCUAGGGAUCGUUAUAGUAUCGUGUUUUUCUGCCAUCCGAUCGAUAAUACCGAAUUGGUGCCGGUGGCGAGUGAGCCAGUACGGGAAUAUCGCGAAUUCCGCGAAAGAGAAGCAGCACAGAAUGAGACGGUUGGGUAUGGGGGUGGGGCCGGGGCGUUGGAGCCGGGGAAGCGGGCAUUGACAGCCCAUGAGCAUUUGAUGGCCCGGUUGGAGGCGACGUAUAAGUUUGAGGGAAAGAAAUGA